ACGGUUGGGGCUUAUAGCGGCGUGUAUGCCAUCGGAGCCAUGGCCAAGCAGCAGCAGCAGCAGAGCCCGCCGCGCAACCCGUACACCUUCACGCGCGAGGAGUACGACAACCUGGUGAAGCAGACGCCCAACUGCCACCUCAGCAGGCGCUCCAAGUACGAGGAGGUGGAGCUGGUGGACGACUGCACCCUCUUCGACAUCUACCGCCAGCCGCGCGCGCCCGUGACGGACCCGGCGGCCACCAAGACGCUGUCCGUGCGCCAGCUCAACGCCGACCUGACGUGCCCCAUCUGCCUGGGCAUCAUCAAGGAGACGAUGGUGGUCAUGGAGUGCCUGCACCGCUUCUGCGGCGACUGCAUCUCCACCGCCAUCCGCCAGAGCAAGCGCGAGUGCCCGUCGUGCCGCAUCCACAUCCCGUCCAAGCGCUCGCUGCGCCCUGAUCCCAAUUUCGACGCGCUCAUUAGCAAGAUCCACCCGAAUCUGGCCGAGUUCGAGCGCAACGAGGAUCUGAUUAUUCAGCAGCAAAACCGCACGCGGCACUUCAACAAUGCAUACACAGAGAGCACCCGCAUGGGUGUGCUCAGCCAAGCCGCCUCGCGUCGUCAUGGAGGGAGAAGGAAAGCGGAGGGAACCGCUUCAGCUUCGUCGUCACGUCCGUCCUCACCAUCGAACGGAUCGACUGGGGCCUCGCCGCCUACCGGAGAGAAGCGCAGCUCGCCUGGAGGUGGCUCUCCUAGUGAGACUGCUCCGUCGUCGGCUGCGGCGUCCGAGGACGAGAGCGCCCGCAAGAAACAGCGAGUGGAUAGUGCAGCAGCGAGUGCCAUUGCGUCAAAGCCGAAGGAGAGUGACCGAGUGACUCUGCGCGUGCUCCUGCACGAAGACGAACAGUCCGACGCCCCCAAGCUGGAGCGCACGCUGUUCACGACGUUCGCCAAGCUCAAAAUCCGUCACUUGAAGAAGCACCUCGCCGCUCUCCUCAAGCUGGACAAGUACGACAACAUGUGCAUCGUGCUGCCCGCCGUGAAUUGCACGCUGAGCGGGCUGUCUGACGAGGCCAAGGCGCGAAAGAGCGGUGAGAUCGCUAUCCGACAGGACCUGCAGUGCGACCAGGAGCUGGACGACUUUGUGACAUUAAAGGAUAUUUAUCAGCAGUACGGCAUGGGCACGGAUUGGGAGCUGCGCCUGCUGUACCACUUCUCUGCUGGCACGAUUGUCAAUGGUAUAGCGCAGUUCGUCUCGAAGAAGGCGUCCGUGGUCGCAUAA